ACCUCUGUCCAUCCCCGUUCUUUUGAGUCGACUCAAAAGUCACCUCUGUCCAUCCCCGUUCUUUUGAGUCGACUCAAAAGUCACCUCUGUCCAUCCCCGUUCUUUUGAGUCGACUCAAAAGUCACCUCUGUCCAUCCCCGUUCUUUUGAGUCGACUCAAAAGUCACCUCUGUCCAUCCCCGUUUUCUGUGUUCCGGAUGAAACAGACACCCCGUUCUCAUCCGUGCUUGUUUGGGGUGUCUGUCUAGGGGGCUCUCAUUGAUGCCUGCUCGCAUCCGCAUGCAUGUGUCAAGGAGUGGGUUAAGGCAUGGUGUGGGGCGUGUGCGGAUGUCAACCCACAGGGUUAUUGGCAGGUCUAAGCGGCAGCAUCUUUCUUGGAGGACUUGCGCUCAAUGUCAGACAUUGCACUUCGACUUUUGGGGGAUCCCUGCCUGCUGCAUAUCCCCUCCGCGUUUACUCACGAUUCCUGAUUGAAUCCUAGAACAGCAAGGUUUGGACUACAUAGUUAACUCUAGCAAGUAAUGAGCAAAAAGUAAUGUAAAUACAUGUAGCAAAAUUAUGUUAGGCAUAGCAUAGCUAUUUAGAGGACAAUUUGUGUUUAGCGACACGUCUUUCGUAGUCCAUGCGGCUUAGUCGUUUGAUGGCCGUCCUCGCGCCGCUGGCGAUUUCCUUGCGAGACGCGUCUUUACGCGCUGCUGUUAGCUUCCUUGCAUGCGUUUCACGAAUCAGAGGCGAUUAGUCUGCUCUUAUUAAAAGAUCUGUUACUUUCGGCUUCGCCAACUGGAUUUGGCUUGAGUUGUAGGGCGGACUCGUUACCUCUUAUUAGCGCACCGCGUGUAUCCGCGUUUCCAGGAGCCUUAGCAAGCCGCGUGAGGAUGAACUGGUCUCUAUCCUCGCUAGAAUCAUGCCCGUCAGACGCGUCCGUCGGGAGCUUGAAACGAUUAACGUAGGGAUGAUGAUGUCGGGCUCUAUCCUCGCUAUUAUCAUAUCCGAGGUGCUAUACGCUAUCGUCUCGUAGCGAGGUAUUCGAUUCAGCUGUCAUACGAUGUUCCUAGACUCUAUCGUCUCGAGAAUCCUCCGUCAGAAGCUACCUGAAUUUCUCCCCGUGCAGCCAAUCCAUCCCCUUUUAUGAGAAUUCGCUUGACUCUCUUAUCAGCUGUCACACGAUGGUGCUAAACGCUACCGUGUCGAGAGUAAUCCGGCAGAAGCUAUCCGAGCUUCUCCCCUUGCAGCCAAUCCUGUUUUGAGCCCUGUUUUGUGAGAACUCCUGUGACUCUCCUAGUCAGCUGUCACACGAUGGUGCUAGACUCUAUCGUCUCCAGAAUCAUCCGGCAGAAGCUCUCGGAGCUUCUCCCCUUGCUGCCAAUCCAUCCAGAUGCCGUCCGAGCGAGCGUCCUCAACGGUUCAGUGCACCUGGCCGAAGCCGUGGCGUGUCCAGAUUCAUUGAAUCGGGAGUGGGUGGGGGAGAAUAGUCCCGUGGGGGUGUCAGCUGCACGUGUUGGGUCUGUGAGGCUGGAGAUACGGCUGCUGGGAUCGGAGCACGUCAGACUGAUUGUGAACGGCCUUGAUGUCAGCUUAGUGCCGAGGCCCGCUUGCAAGCCACAUGAAGAUAACAGCAGAGCGUAUGAUCAGCAGCAGCAUAGAGCGGUGGUGGGCGAGGGAGAGGAUGGGGCGACUUUUGAGUCGACUCAAAAGUCACCUCUCAACAGCAGAGCGUAUGAUCAGCAGCAGCAGCAGCAGCAGCAGCAGCAGCAGCAGCAGCAGCAGCAGCAGCAGCAGCAUAGAGCGGUGGUGGGCGAGGGAGAGGAUGGGGCGUGCAGCGAGGAUGAAUCCGUGACUCAGCAGCUUGCCCUUCUGGACCCCGAGGGAGCAAGCCUCCACGAGGCCAUCAAGCGCCACUUGGCGCAGCGCCAUUCGCCGUUCACUCUCUCCCAGUGGCUGGGUCAAGUGGUGGCGUCAUGGGUACAUGUGGAGUUGCAUGACGUGUCCCUGCGCCUGCACACAUGCUCAUGCAAACGGGUCCAGCCGUGGGAGGAGAAAGCUAGGCCAAGGGGUAGCGAUGAGUUCACGGAGGCGCAGAGUAUGCAGGCCGGGGGACGCUGCAUGGGUGCCGCAACCGCUGUGACUGCUGGCGCUGCCUCUGCUUGUGCUGGUGCAAAUGUGGGUGCGGAUGUUGGCGCUGCCUCUGCUUGUUCUGAUGCAAAUUUGGGUGCUGCUGAUGUGGAUGUUAGUGGUGGUGCUGCUGCUACUGCUGGUGCUGGCGCUGCACCUUCCGUCUGCUGUCUUGGUCUGGAAAGGCUGGCGUUUUCCUGCCGCUCUUUCACCCCUCAAGUAGCGCGUAGAUGGCCUACAGGGAAUGUAGCAGCGACAGAGAUUCGGACAAAUCCGGCAACUGGGGUGGAUGCAGGCACUGGGCUAGACGCAGGGAGAGAAGCCGGUGUUGUGAGAGAGGCGGAAAAACAUGUUUCUAGGGGCGAUGGGGAUGGGGAUGGGAGCAGUAGCAGCAGCGGCAGAGCACGAGCACACUGGAGGGGUCUGCUUGCUGGGCUGUGUGUUGUUGCGUGCCUCAUGUACACGCUCGUUGCUCCCCUGUCGCUCAUAGACCAGCAUCCGGACUCCACUGGCCACAGAGCAUUGCAUCAGCAGCUGCUGUCGCACCAAAGGAGUUCCUGGUUCCAAGGCCUUUUUUGGAAGUCUCCCUCUAGAGGCUACUUUUGGAAGCCGCUGGUGCAGACCCAGUGGGUGGGGCCAGCAGCAGAGGCAGCAUUGCUAGGCAGCACAGCAGAUGCAGCCGCAAAGGUAGGAGGAAAGCAGUGGACAGGCUCUUUCCAGCAAUCUGCGCUGCUGCUCUGGGCCCUGGGAGUUGUUUCUAUCUGCAGUCUCCUGGCUUUUCACCUGAUGCGCACUGCCAGGGACACCGCAGCACAGGCUGAGGCAGCAGUGAGGUGGAUAAAGGCAGCGGUAGUGAUGAGUGUGGGGAAAGGGGAGGGUGAGGAGGAAGAGGUAAGGGAGGAAGAGGAGGAGGAGGACGAGGAGGAUGCUGGGGAGGAGGAAGGAGAGGAGGGAGAGGAGGAGGAGGAGGAGGGGGAAGAGGGGGAGGAAGAGGAGGAAGGGGAGGAAGGAGAGGAGGGUGGUGGUGAAGGAAGGGAGGAGGAUUUAGGGGAGCUUAUGAUUUCUGGCGCACCCCGUUUUGAACCAGCCAGGCCAGCCAACGGUUCACGCAGAAACACUAUCACAUCAUUCCAGCUUCCUUCCUCCUCUACCCUCCAUCCCCCGCCAACUCGUCACGAUAUAAUCUUCCCAUUCGGGGCGUGCAUCCAGCUGGAAGUCUCCCGGGACUGGGCCCUGCAGCACACCGUCGUGUCCCUGCAUGAGUCAGUGAGAGUCUGUGUGAGAGGCGUGCCGGACCUGCUUCCCCUGGCAUCUUCUGCUGCUGCCUUUUCUCCCCCCUCUUCUCCACCCUCUCCCUCCGCCACUCUUCGUCUCCCAUCACCUCUACUAUCUACAUCCACGCCAGCACUACCAGAGUCGUCUGCACCAGUGGAUGCAUCAUCACCCAGUGGCAGUGGCGAGGGCAGUGGCAGUAGCAGUUGCAGCGGCAACGGCAGCGGCAGCGGCAGCGGUAGCAGCAGUGCUAGUAGCAGCAGCAGCAGCAGCAGUAGUAGUGGACACAAGGCUGCAGAUUCUGAGGCAAACAGAGAGGUUACAGGUAGAGAGGGUACAGGUAGAGAGGGUACAGGUAGAGAGGGUACAGGUAGAGAGGAUAGGGAAGCCGCAGUCGCCACAACUCCCACCACAGAAGGUGCUCACGGGACGAACCCUCGCCAGCAGACAAUCACCUCUGCAACUUCCAUAACGGAAUGCCCGAACAACCAACCUGCGACUCCCACCACAGAAGGUCCUCAGGGGACAAACCCUGGCAAUCUCGCCCCAAAGGGCCAGCAGACAAUCCCCUCUGCAACUCCCAGAGCAGGAGGCCCGAGCAAGCAACCUGUGUCUCCCACGCAGCACUCCCUGAGGAGAGAUCCGGGUCAGAGUUCAAACACACGGAUUGUGAGAGGCAGGUCGGCACGUGCCAGGUGGCAGCGCGCGGUUGGCCAAGUGAUGCAGCAGAUUCGGCAGAGGAAGGCGCUCAGAAUGGGUGCCGCUGUAGAUGCUGUGGCUCUCAGAAAACGGUACGCCACUCUCUAUGCCGAUUGGCUGCGGGCAGCCACCGGAAUCUUCCCUCCUGCCCGGAGGAAAGAGGGGGGCGUUUCUGGCCGCUCGUUGGCUUUUUGGAGGGAGGGGGCGAGUGAUCAGCAGAGAAAGGCAGUUGCGUCGAUGGAGUGUGAGAUGACAGAGGCUGAGAAGAGGCUCGGGGCAACUGGAGUGGUUUUGGCUCGGCGCUUGGCUCGGAUGCAGGCUCGGAAGGAGGCUCGGAAUCAGGCCGGGAAGAAGGCCCACUGGAGUGACUCCUGGGAUGUGCUGCAGGAAACGAGGGGUGAAUGGGGAACGGCAGAGCAGGGGGUGGAGAGGGGUUGGGAGGGGUUGGAGGGAGGCAGGAGUGGCGGGUGGGAAGUACGGGCGGCUGGGUUGGACGUUGUGGUGGGACUGGUGGGACCAAGCAUGCCUCUCUUGGUGUUCGAUCCCAGUGAAGGAGAAUAUGCAUCUGCUGAUAGUGCCCUUGCUGCUGCUGCUGCUGCUGCUGCUGCUGCUGCUGCUGGAGUGCCUGCUGCGGCUACAAUCGAUAUGGGCGGAUCGGGUGAUCCAAGCCAUGCGAGCCAUUUAGGUACCCUGCACGUGUCGGUGUCAGGAGUGCGAGCAGGCAUGCUGACGCUGCCUUCAGGGGGCUACCAGUGCAGCGCACAGGUCACAGCCGUGCAUGGAUGUAUUCGUGUUGACGCACACAAUAGCGAUGAUUUCUGCUGCCCGCAACAGGACAUGAGCCGCCUCUGCAGUAGCAGUAGCAGCAGCAGCAGCACAGUCCCGUUUCUGAGCCUGUCUGGUGGGGAAGACCCGAGGAAGGUAGCUUCUGGGGAAGGUAGUGCUGCUGGUGGUGAGGGGGGGGGUGCAUGGGAUGAAGUUACAGGCCAUGGCGUUGAUACAACUGUGACGGAGGCAGGAAGGGCGUUUUCCAUCCCAGCCCUCCGCCUCCUCCGCCUCCUCACUCCUGUGCUCCGCUUACUGCACGGCUCGCACGGGGAUGCAGCAGAACCACAGGAAGCAGCAGCUAGUUUGGACAGCACCACCCCCACCGCCAACAGCAACAACGGCAGGGGAAUUAGCAGCAGAGUCACCAUCCCCAGUGCUCCUAACAAUUCCUGUUUCACGGUAUCUCAGAAUACCGGGAGCACAAGUCCAGCCUAUCAGGAGCCUUUCCUGUCUUUCCGCAUGGCCGCCCCUGCUCCAGCCUCCACCAGACCAGACAGGCCAGUGCAAGUCCACGUGGCAGCUGGUGAUUCGCUCCUGGCUGUGAGCCCAGAUCUGAUUGCUGCAAUUUUCAAAUUGGGAACGUUGGUAGAGCAGGCGAUGGCAGUUGCUAGCAGGAGCGGAGGAGAGAGCAGAGGAGACACGAGAGGAGACAGCGAAGGGGGCAGUCGUGGGGAACAGAACAGGAGCAGUAGAAGCAAUGGGAGCACAAUGGGGAGCACACGAGUGCCACGCACCAGUGAAAAUCCUCCCACUCCCACGAGUGGCAAUCGCCCCAUUGGCAGCUUAGACAGUCUAUUAGCAACCAUGCAGAUGUCUCUGGAUGGUCUCAUUCCCGUCGCAUCGUGGCGUGUGAACGCGACAAGUGGCAGGCUGUGGUUGGGUGUUGGAGUUCGGGCUGACGUGGCAGCGGCGGCAGCAGCUGCUGCUUGUCUGACUCGUGGCAGCAAGUCUGCAGCCAAUGAUGGCCUGGCACUGACAGCCCUGCCCCGGAGAAAAUCUGUCUCGGAUUCGAGAGUUGGGGUGAAUACAGAGGCAUCAAUUCCAGUCAAGUCGGCCACACCAUCCCGUUCAACAGGAGGAGAAGCAGCAGGAGCAGCGAGAGAACGAGCAGGAGAAUCAGCAGGGGCAGGAGAACGAGUAGCAGCAGAAGGAGCAGCAGAGAAGCAGGAGGAAGGCCACGUGACAGUAAUGAGCGGUGCAGAUGUGAUAGUUGCGGAGGUUUCCUCUCUUUCAAUUAGGCUCCGUCCCAAGCCUCCGUACAGCCCAUGCGUGGGUCCCAUUGGUGGUAACCAUACGCCCCUCAAUGGUAACCGUACUGUUUCUGGUAACUUCGAAAGCUCCAUCAAUAGCCGGACAGCUGUGUGGCACAAUAGCGAGGUGACUGUAACGGGGCUCUGCAUCCAGGCAGUGGGUGUAGGCAUGGGUAUGGCGGAUGAAAUUUGUGAUGGUGGGUUGGAAAGUCGCGGUGGUGGUGGGGUGCACUUUCAGGGCAACAGGCAGAUGCAGGGGGGAAGCUGGGGGAGGAAGAGCAGGGAGUUUGAUGCGGUGACGAGGAGUGAGUCUGUGUGGACAGCGGUGCUGGCUCCCACUCGUCUCGGUGUGCUUGCCUCCUUGUACCGAUGCCAGACAACCACGUUGAUCACAUCCAAUACAAUCACAUCCACGGCUGCUCUGAUCCGUGUCCCUGUAUUAGCAGCCUCAGUACCCGCCACAGUCAUCCAUGCGCUUCCCAAGGUUCUCCAAGCCAUUCUGGAAGCUGGCAGCUUGUCGGCAUCGGAUACACCUCCCAGCCCAAGGGCAACUGAACCCGCAGCCACUGUACAUACGCCGAGCACUGUAGAUACACAUACGCCUCCAAGCCUUGUAGACUCCCCAAGCUCUGUAGAUAAACCAUCUGCUUCUACUUCCUCUGCCUCCUCCUCUUCCUCUUUCCCCUCCUCCUCAUCGUCCUCCUUCUCUUUUUCUCUCGCCCUUGGCCUAGAGAUUGCCUCUCUCUCUGCUGCUCUCUGUGCUACAGUGCCCUUCAGUGUCGUGUCUGUGCCAGCUAGGAUGCUUCCAGACGUGCUGAGCUGUCCUCUGACACGUGGCACACGGGACGAGGAGAGGGGGAAAGCAGAGGAGGAUGAGGGAGAGGGGCAGGAGGGGAGUCUAUUUUUGAGGCGCCUCAAAAAUAGACUCCUCACACAGGAGGAUGAGGGAGAGUGGAAGGAGAGCAGAUGGGAUGGUGGGGAGGGGGAGGGGGAUCAGUGGGGAGGAGAUGAGGGAAUCAGGCGAGGUGUGGGUGUGAGGGACCUUCAACAAGGAGGUAGCGUGCGACGGGGAGAGGAGGUGAGGAGGAAAGUGCGCCUGCUUCGAACGACUUCUGAGCAGCCGUGGAUGGUGCGAGGGGAGGAGGGCGAAAGGCAGGCGGUGGGGGGCGAUGUAGUGCUGGGAGACGUGGAUAAGGCGGGUAGGUCUUGGAUGUCGAACGGAGUGGUGGAUGGUGGAGUGGGAAGCGGUGAGGAGGGGUCGAGAGGUGAGGGAGAGAGCCAUGGUGAUCGGGGAGAUGGGGAAGAUGGGUGGGAUCAGGGGGAUAGGGAUGAGGGCUACAGGCGUGGAACAGAUGGGAUGGAUGGGGCUGGCAUCGUGCGAGGCGUGCGGGAGCAAGGCAGCGGAAGAAGAGGCAGAUGGGGUAGUGAGAAGAGCAGCAGAUCGAACAGCGGAAGGAGCAGUAGAAGGCACUUGCCAUCCGCGAGAAUGCUUGGGAAGGGGCUGUGGAGGGCCCUGGGGCUGACUCAGCAGGGUGAGGAUGGUGCUGAGAAGGAAGGGCAAGGUGAGGCAGGGGGGAGGAUGAGGAGAAUAGCCUCUGUAUCAACACCUGCACAUCACAUCACCAUCGAAACCCGGGGCAGGAUGCAGCAGGUGGCAGCAGCAGAGGCGCGGAAUCUCACUCUGGAUGUUUUUCUGAGUGAUGAUACCGGCACCCUUCUGAAUGAUGAUACCGGUGCCCUUCUGAAUGAUGAUACCGGUGCCCUUCUGAAUGAUGAUACCGGUGCCCUUCUGAAUGAUGAUACCGGUGCCCUUCUGAAUGAUGAUACCGGUGCCCUUCUGAAUGAUGAUACCGGUGCCCUUCUGAAUGACAGCGCUGAGGGCUGGCAGCAGCAGGUGCUGGUGGGCGUGGCGCCUGUGCUGCUCUCCUGCCACUCCGGUGCGCCUGAGGUGGUGAGGCAGGUGCUGCGGAAGGUGAAGAGCGGUGGCAGGGACAGGAGGAGCAGUGGUGGAAGAAAUGGGAAGAUCCAGGGACGUGGUUUAUUGUUGUUAGCACUGCCUGUGCUGGGAGGUCCAGUGGACGCAAUACAGGUGGAUAAUUUCUCAGCUCGGGUAACUCAAUCGAUCCAUCCCUUGCCUUUGCCUGCCUCAGAAGCACAUCCACUUUUCAACGGAGCCUCUUUGAUUCAGGCUUCCUCUCCUGGUCAUGGUAACGAGGGGAGUGACGCAGCGGUUUCCCUGUGGAAAGUCCCUGCGCUUGCUAGUCUCGAUGAUUCACAGGAGGAGGGAGGGGAGGAGGGAGUGGAGGAGGAGGCACGUCAGCAGCAGCAGGAACAGAAGCGUCUUCAGCACAUGCCAAGCUUUCUAGGGCCUCGGGAGAGAGGCAGCAGCAGGAGCAGGGGCAGCAGGGGCAACAGCCACAGCAGCAGCAGCGGUGGCGGCGGAGGCAGCAGUAACACUGGGUCACCAGCUGUCGCUGCUUGCUCUGAGGUGUGGCAGCUGUCGGCUGCUGUGGGCACCAUCAGGGGUGAGAGCAGUGCCAGGCUCGGGGGGCUCAGCAGGUUCGGUAGGGUUGAGAGGCUCGGCAAGCUGGGCAGAUUGGGCAGGCUUGGAAGGGAUCGCAAGCACCCAGGCAGUGUGCAGAAACAACACUCAGAAGCCGCUGACGUGUCAGUCGUGUAUCAAUUGCCCUUGGCACCGAAUGGCGCACCGUCUACUGUAGCAUCCUCAGGGGACUCCAUUAGUCUGUCCUGGCAGGGAGGGCUCAUCGCCCUGGACCCCGCUUCUCUCUCCCGCCUCUCCCUCUCCCUCUCAGCUCUCUCCCCCCUCCUCACGUUCAGUGCUUUGGGACAGGGGGGGGGGAGGACGAGGGAGGGUAGAGCUGACAGGGCAGCUGCUGAAAGGCUUGAUCGAGAGGGCCUGUCUGCAAGUGCUGCUGUAGCGGCAGGGGCUGGAGCUCCCUCCUACAUGGCAGCUCUCCGGCUGCUGUGUGCGCAUGCACGGGUGGAUGUGGCUGGGAUUCGGCUGCUGCUGCUGCACCCAAAACCAGAGAAGGGUGGCUUCCUCGUGCACCUGAGUGCAGACCUCUCUUCCAAGGUCGCACCAUGUGGAGUGGAUGCACUGGAAGCAGACGAAGCAGAGGAAGCAGAGGAGAUUCAUGAAUCUCGUGAAUUCAACAGUUUUGAGAUUCACGAGAGGAGAAGCACCAGCGAUGGCUUCAGUGGUGGCAGUGGCAGCAACAGCCGCUGCCUGAGCCAGAGCCAGAGACAGAGCAGCAGCCAUUGUCACCAGAAUGACAGCAGCGUACAUGCAGUGAAUAUAGACCUGAAGCGCCUAGCAGUGCGGAGUGUUCGGUGUGGCCAGUUUCAGCUUAGUCAUUCCGUCCUUGCACCCGAUACUGCUGCCGAAGCUUCUGCUGCUGCUGCUGCUGCCGAAGCUUCUGGUGCUGCUGCUGCCGAAGCUUCUGCUGCUGCUGCUGCUGAAGCUCCUGCUGCUGCUGCUCGUGCUGCUGCUGCUGAGGCGGAGGAGUGGGAAGAGGAUGAGGGGGUUGUUGUUGCUGCUGCUGCUGGUGAGCGGAAUGGCAAGGCUGAUGGGAGGAAGGAGGGUGCACGAAUGGAGGAGGAUCUGCUUAGAAGAGGGAACCCUCAUCCAGGCAAAUUCCGUCUGGAUGAGGGCGAUGUCGGUGGUGAUACUAGCGGUGGUGAUACUAGCGAUGGUGAUGGUGAUGGUGCCGGUGAUGGCGCUGAUGUUGGUGAUGCGGACAGCAGCAUUCUGCCUGGCCUCUCUGCUCGCCUGGAGCUGCGGCAGCGGCUCACCAGUGGUUCAUCUUGUGCACCUGAUUGCAGCCGCAGCCUGCAAUCGAGAUUGGGAAGGGAAGUGAUUCAUCCAGGGGUUCAUCAGGCUACAGCAGCAGCUGCUGCAGCACGAACAGCUGCUCUUGGUCCAGCCGGCAAGUGGUGGGAUGCGGUGGAGGGGUGUUUGGAUGUGAGGGGAGCUGAUGUGGCAGUCACUGUGGCAGAGAUUCAGAUGCUGCUGUCGCUCCUCUCCUCCAUCUCGCCAUCACCAACAGCACCACAGCCCACAGCAGAAUCUGCUGCAUCACUGCACCCUUUCCAGCCAGCUCCCAAUGCUGCUCCUGCUGCUGGGAGAGCAGGUGAUGCUGGCAGGAGCACUGGUGCUGCGGCUGCUGGCGCUGGCUCACUGGUGGACAUUCAGGAAGGCUCGCUAGUGGCUAUUCGAGAUCUCGACACGCGACAAUACCUCACUGUCGAAGAUUCGCCCACCCUUCCAGGAAGCUUCCGCCUGACUUCUCUGGCACAUUACAGUCUGGCGCAGAGCGACCGGGCGGUGUUCCUUGUCCACUUCCCAGAGAGCCGCGGGUGGAGGGAGAAGCUCCUGAUCUCAGCUUUCCCAUUCCUGCCACACGGCCGGCAGCCACAGCAGAGUGGAAGAAAUGCCGGGCAACAGCAAGAGGUGGAAAGACAGCAGCAGGAGGACCGGGGUUCGGAUGAGGCCCCUUUCUGGAGUUUUGGGCGGGAUGGAAAGAUGGCGGUUUCCCGCUGGUUCUGCGUUCAAUCGCCUUACACGGCUUCGAAUACAGAGAUAAAGGCAGGGGAUAGCACAUGCACAGGCACAGGCACAGAAGCAGGCAGAAACACAGGUACUAGCACAAGCACAGAUGCUCCAAGCACGCAAACAGCCACGCAACAUAACGAGCAGGUGCCAGUUGGCCGUCCACUCUGCAUGCACUACCAGCCAAACUCGCCCGGUGGCCGGGUCGCGAUACAAAAUAGCAACGAGGGGUCGUGGGAGCAGUGGCGACUGCUGGCAGAGGCAAUCAGUGGUAACAGGAAGACAGGGUCGGAGUUCGCGUUUGUGAGAGGGCUGCCCGUGCUGGUCCCUGGAGGGCUGGGGCACGCCGUGCAUAUGAGGGUGCUUGUAACGAGGGGAGAGCUCCAGAUGAAGGGGCGAGAAGAAUCGGGGAGAAGGAGGCGAGAAGGUGAAGAAGCAGGUGGGGAAGUAGAGCAGGACGAGCAGCAGCGGGUGGGGGAGGAGGAGGAGGAGGAGGAGCAGCAGCAGCAGCAGCAGCAGCAGCAGCAGCAGCAGCAGCAGCAGCAGCAGCAGCAGCAGCAGCAGCAGGAGCAGGAGCAGGAGCAGCAGCAGCGGCAGCGGCAGCGGCAGCGGCAGCAGCAGCAGGAGCAGGAGCAGGUGCAGCAGCAGCAGCAGCAGGAGCAGGAGCAGCAGCAGCAGCAGGAGCAGCAGGAGCAGGAGCAGCAGCAGCAGCAGCAGCAGCAGGAGCAGCAGGAGCAGGAGCAGCAGCAGCAGCAGGAGCAGCAGGAGCAGCAGGAGCAGGAGCAGCAGCGGCAGCAGCUGGCAGUGCUACCGUUGGGCCUGGAGAAGCAUGUGGCGUUCAUCCCCUCUCUGCGCAUCUCCAUCCGCAACGCCUUCUUCACCAUUCUCUUCGAGGAAGAAAGCAGCAGCAUGCGAAGCACCAAUCCCAGCAGCAGCACGAGAAGCGCCAAUCUCAGCAGCAGCACUGCAGCCAGCAGCAGCAGAACUGCACCCAGCAGCAGCACUGCACCCAGCAGCAGCAGCACUGCACCCAGCAGUACAGGACCAGGAAGCAGGAGGCGACGAGUGGCGGUUGGGAACCUGUCAGAGCAGCAGGAAACUAGCAGAGCUAAGGGGAUACCACACGACGCCAGGGGAAUAAAGGCCUUGUGGGACGGGGCUCAGCACAACCCACCUGUACUGCCGCUGAUUCGGGUGCACGUGGGGGAGGUGGCGUCUGUGGCUCAGCUUGGCUCGCACAAGACUCGCCUGUUUGGGUCCUGCCGCAUCCAAUUGGCCACUUAUGAUGGAGAGAGGAGCCGAUGGGCCAGCCUCCUCACUACAAGCCCAAUGGAUAUCUUCUGGCGCUCCCGUACACUCUGUACCCCUUAUAAGCCUCGCACCCUGGCGCUGAUACGAGCGCAGCAGGUGAAGUUAGUGGUGGAGGAGGAGUCUCUGGACGCGCUGCUACUGCUGCUGGGGCUGCUGGGCCUCGCGGGGCCCUACACCGUCCGCCACUCUCCUAUUCUCGCCAACCGAUGCAUGGUGACCAACAAUACAACUCUGCGCCUGGGCUGCUCUUUCUUCAAGGAGGGCUCUGCUCCUGAUGCCAGCACAGCUGGCCCAUUUGGGAGCAGCACAGCUGGCAGCAGCAGCACAGCUGGCAGCAGCAGAAGCACAGCUGGCGCGAGUCUAGGUGGUGCGAUGAAGCAGGGUGUGCAAGGGCGUGCAGCAACAGGAGGAGGGGCGCCUUCUAGGGGAUUCGAAGCGGUGGUUGGAAGCAGAAGCACAGCCACAUUCCUUGUGCGUCACUUUUUAUCUCGUCGAAACCUUGCCAAUUCUCGUGAGUCAUCUCUCGCGUUCCUGCGCCUCCUGCCACCGCCACAGCCAAAGGCACAGCAGCAGCAGAAAGGGCAGAAGGAGAAGAUACAGCAGCAGAAGAGGCAGCAAGAGAAGGGGCAGCAGGAGAGGGGACAGCAGCAAGCGGCAGCAGCAGAGCAGGAAUGGGUGCUGCCUCUUUCCAUCUCCAUUGCUAGGGAGGGCUCUCUGGCUGUUCGCACGCGCUUGCUUCCAGGGCCCAGCCAAGCCGCCGCUUCUCUCCCAGGCCCGAUGGUUGUGCUUCAUGUGUCCAAGCGCACACCAGAGGGCGUGCGUCUGUCCGUCUCUCCAUUCCUCUCCGUCCGCAACCACACCGGCUGCCCCUUGCAAGUCUGCCUGCGCCGACGACCUGCUCCUGCCACUGCAGCAGCAGCAGCAGCUGCAGCAGCUGCUGGAAAGGCGGAGCAGCAGGGAGGGGUGGAGGUGGAGGAGGAUUUGCAGCCUGGGCAGUCUCUGGACGAUGCCUCGCUGUGCUUCCGAUUCGCUGCCUCGGCGGGCGAGCAGCGGCGCCUUGUGAACGACCUUGCAGCAGGCAAAUAUCUGCUGUCUUUCCGGCCGCCUGCUGCCACCACAGUGCCGUCUAUCCAUGUAUCUCUUUUUGAGGCGCCUCAAAAAUCGCCUAUCCAUGGAUCUCCUGCCAGGAGCACUGGCGGUAGCAGUGACAGCGUUGGCACCAGGGUUCCCACUCGCUCACAGCAACAGCAGGAAACACAACAGAUGCCACAGUCACAGCAACAGCGGCAGCAGCAGCUGUGCUUUGAUUGGUCCGAGGAGAUCUCGGGAUCUCAGGCGGUAAUGGACAAGAGCUGGCUGGACGGCAUACAGCGCCAGAUGAAGACAAGAAUGGGCCGCAUGCUACAGCUCAGCCAAAUGCUGCAUCUGGGCAGCACGCUCAAUUCGUCCUUUUCCUCCCUCACUUGCCGCCCAAAAAGCCCCUCUGCUCCCACCGCUACCUCCAGCAACAAUGCCAGUCCUGGAGGGUCUGGAGCUCCCGAGCCUGAAGGGGAGGCUCGGGAAAGGUUUCUUGUAGCUGGGGCGGGAGGUUCUUCAGGUUUUGUUGCCGAAGCGAAGAAUCGGCAUUUUCUAGUGAAGGUGGGAACCGAGGAGGUGCACCUGGGGGCGAUGAGAGAUGGGCAAGUGGUAAAUGACAUGAGAGGUGGAGGGAGGAGGGAGGUGGGGGGAAGUGAGAGAGAGGGCGAGGGGAGGGGAGUGGCGUGGGUGCGGCCGAUGGAGGUGGUGGUGCUGCCCACAGCUCGAGUGCGCUGCUGGCUGCCGUUUGAUAUAGUCAUCUGUCUUUCACCGACUAAGAAGGACGCCGCUGCUGCUGCUGCUGCUACUGCUGCUGCUGCUGCUGCUACUGCUGCUGCUGCUGCUGCUGCUACUGCUGCUGCUGCUGCUGCUGCUACUGCUGCUGCUGCUGCUGCUGCUACUGCUGCUGCUGUAGAGACCAGUGAUGGUGCUUUGACUGGUGCUGCGGCCGAUUCAUAUUUUCUUCACAUCCCCGCUUCCUCCUCUGGCUGGGUCUCUCUCUUUGCCGACCCUACCUGGUGCUACCUCACCCUCCUCACCCCGGUUCCGUGUCCUGGAACAGGGCAAAGGGGAUCUGCUCUCAAAAGGGGGUCUGUACACGAAAGGGGGGCUGCACGUCCGAGUGCUGUGUUCUGCAGCCCCCCUGUGCACGUGCCGUGUGCUGGCAACCUGCUGGCUCUGCUGGCCCGUGACGUGCUGCCACAUGUCAAGGGCACCGUGGCUCUCGCACAGCUGGGGCUGCCGUCUGUUGGUGGGAGUGAGGUUCAGGUGAAGCUGCACCAGGUGGAUUCUCCUCAGGUGGAUUCUCAGGAGGGGCAUCAGCAGCUGGUGGGCGGGAAUCAGGUGAAUCUUCAGGAGGAGCCGCAGCAGCAGCAGCAGCAGCAUGGGGCAAAUACGAGGGGCGGUGAGACAGGAAGCAGUGGAGGGGGGAGCAAUGUGGUAGGGGGCAAUGGAGUGGGGCCCAGUGGAGCGAGGGGUGGUGAUUCUUCAGCUGAAAUUGCGGUGCAGAUGCGGACUCGAUACAGCGACAAGGAUGCCGUGCCUGAGUUUGAGAUCUUCCCCGCAUGGACCAUCCGCAACGCCACCGACAUGCCAUUGAUUUGCUCCCUGGCCGCAAGCCCAUCAAUGCAAUCCAUGCUGCAUGAUGGCAAGGGGAAGAAAGGGAGCAGAGCUCAGCUGCAGCAGUUUUACUCCUAUUCACCGCAUUCCACCGUGUCAUUACUGCUGCCGCCCAACGCUGCCCAGCCAUGGCUUGCUGCAGGCACGUCUGUCCGCAUCUGCAUUGCACAGGAGGCAGCUGCAGGGGGAGAAGAGAGAGGGAGCGCCCAGGAGAGGGGUAGAAGCAUGGAAGGACGAGGGGCCACCAUUGACCUCGCUUCUAUCUGCCGAACGACUGAGAUUCAGCUGGUGCAGAGUGUACCCGUUACAAGAGACCGGGAGAGGUCUAGUGAGACGUGUAUAACGAGUACACGGAGAAGGGCGAAGCUGGGGAGGGGGCGACGGGGCCGAUUAGAGACAGUGAUAGAAGGUGGAGAGGAAGGGGAGCCGGAGGGGGGAGAGGCUGCAGGAAACACAGAGAGGGGAGCGAUAGGAAGGAACAGUGAGAGCAGAAACCAAAGGGAUCCCCGGAGCAUCUCCUCCCAGCACGCCACUGCUGCUGCUGUGGCGGCCUGUGAUUGGUCGCUGCGCUGCUUCCAAUUCGCUGUCCGCCUGCGGCUGUCAACAAGUGGCAGCCCCUCCCGAGUGGCAGAGAUUUGUCCGAGAUACGUCGUGCGCAACUGCUUCCCCGUGCCCCUUCUAGUUUGCCAGGAGGGAUUGGAGUUCUUUCCCGAGCUCUGGACCACCAUAGAACCAGGGGCAUCUGCAGCCAUCCACGCCCAAUCCCCAUCGCACAUCUGGUUCUCCCGCUCCUCCCUCGCUCUCUCCUCCUCCUCCACUCCUCCUACCUCCUCCGAACCUGUGCUGGAAGAUGGCGGCAUCAUUCGUCCUUUCCUACGCUUUCGCCCGCUGGAUUCUUCCCAGCCGUUCUCACCUCCGUCUCCUAAAGCCCAAUCCGAGGAUGCCACGUGGCACUGGUCCGGGCCGUUUGGGGCGGCAUCUCUCGGCUCGUUCUGCCUCAAGAUUCGCUCUCACACCAACAGCAGCAACAAUGGCAGUACUGGCAACCCACUAGGAACCAUCCAGGAAGCACCACCAUCCCCAUCCCCAUCAUCACCAUCAUCGACAGCUACAGCAGAUCUGCAGCGCCAGCUGUCAAUGUCGGUUGUAGCAGCCAGUGGGGUGCGCGUGCUACAGCCGGUGCUCUUUGCUGUUGCUGACGUGGCAGAGGGAGGAGGCGGAGGGGGGGGCAUAGGGGAGCAAGCAGAAGGGGCGUCCGUAGCAAGCGUCGCAGAGCAAGCAGCAGGGUCGGGGGUGGGGUCUAGCAACGCAGCAGGUGCUGAUGAUGGGGAAAAAGGCUUUGCACCAGUAUCACCAUCAGCAUCAUCAGCAUCACCAGCUGCAGCAGCAGCGUCAGUGGUGGGCGGCACGUGGGUGGCGGAGAUUCGUCCAGUGGAGGGCAUGCAGGAAGCACCCUACCGCAUCGAGAAUGCGCUCGAGGGAAUGGCAGUCUCUGUGGCACAGAAGGGGUCUGAGGAGUGGGAGGUGGUGGAGCCAGGCGAGUCUGUUCCUUUCACCUGGGAGGACUGGCGCUUACCCAAGAGACUGCUGCUCACUGCACCAGGCUGCAUACCUCAGCAGGAGGUCAGCCCAGACAAGGUCAAGCUGUGGCGGCGCCUGCGCCUCUCUCACUCCGCUUUCCCCUCCCUGCUGCCGUUUCACCUGCCUUUCCACCUGAAACAAUGGAAGGGGGGAGACGAAGGGGCAGAGGAAGAUGAUUUUGAUGAUGAUGCUUACAAGUAUGAGGAGGAAGAGGAGGGCGAGGAGGGGGGGCAAGAGGAGGGAGCAGAGCAGGCAAAGGGUGUUGGGGGGAAGGUUGUAACUGAGGAAGGCAGAGCCGCCAGUGGAAGCAGUGGGGGCAGGGAUAGCAGCCAGGGAAGUGCCAAGGGGUCAAGUGCGGUGGAUAGGGGUAGGGGUGGCUCCGGUGCAGCAGGUGCGGUGCCGGCUGGUGGUAUCUCCAGUGCGCGGCAGCAGGUGGUAGGCGUGGAGGUGUAUGCAGAUGGGCCGAUCCGAGUGGUGCGAGUGUGUGAGAGGGAGAGAGCCAAGGACAGGGAAGGCACUGGGAGAAAGGGCGGUGGUGCUGGCACUGGUACCAGCGGUGGUAUGAGUGGUGCCAGUGCACAUGGAACUGGGAGUGUGGCUUUGACUGGGGGUGGGGGGGAAGGGGUCGGCCCCGGGGCGGUGGAUUCAAGGGAGAUGGAUGCGAUGGUUGAGGUGGAAGGGAUCGACAUCAAGCUGCUGCAGUCUGCCAGCUCCUCCGACCUGACUGCGAAGCAGCAGGAGGAGUCGCCACAGGGGAAGGCUAGGGAGAGGAGAGAGGGGAAGGAGCCAGAAGGAGAGGAAGGGAGGCCGGAAGAGGAAGAAGAGGAGGAGGAGUGGGAGGAGGAGAUGGCACGGCGGAUGUUGCUGCAUGGGCGGGCGGAGGGCCUGUGGGCCGCCUUGUCUGUUUCUCAGCGGGACUUGGCACUGGAGGCUGUGCUAUGUAAUGCAGGUAUCGACUCUUGCCCGCCCCCUCUCAAGCCCCCACCGCUACCCCUCACUCUCAACCAGCCCUCCAGCACACAACCCUCCCUCCUGUCCUCUGCCGUUGUCCUUCGCUCCCUCAACCCGUCUCCCACCUCGACUGAUGCCGCUGCUGCCAGUGGCACCAUCAUAGGACGGGCAUUGAGGGAUCGGUGGGUGGGGAGAGGGGGAGUGGGAGGGGCAGGCGGAGUGGGAGGAGGAGGUGGGGGAAGGGGGAUAGGAGGUGGAGGGGGAAGGGGAGGAGGAGGAGGAGGUGGAGGAGGAGGAGGAGGAGGAGGAGGAGGAGGAAGGGGGGGGGCUCCGGUGUUGUCGAUGUUGGUGGUGGUGAAUCGGCUUGCUUCCCGCCCGCAGCACAUUCGCUCUGCGUCAUUCCUGCUGCAGCCUGUGGAAUUGAGCAUCGAUGAGAGCACUCUCCUCCGCCUCGUGCCCUUCUACCGGACCAAGGAUCCCAGCGUGCCGGUGCGCGACUGGAGCACCACUCCCAUCUACAUUGAGUACCUCGAGAUUCACCCCAUCAAGGUGGUGGCGAGUUUCCUCCCCAGUGCACCAGGCGCCAUCGACUACUCAUCAGCACAGGAGGCGCUGAGGGGGAUCAUUCACUCGGUGAUUCAAGUGCCAGCAGUGCAGCGCACGUCCAUCCACCUGCACGGGCUGCUGCUGACGCAUGCUCUCACAUCCUCAAAACAGAUGGUCGCUAAACUGACCAGACACUACUCGUGGUACGCCCUACGAGCAGUGUACAUAGCUCGUGGUCUGCCCCUGCUCCCACAGCCCUUCACUGCUCUCUUUGACGACUCCGCCUCGUCAGCUCUGGACGCCUUCUUCGACCCCUCCCAGGGGCACAAUGCACUCGCCACUGCCACCACCAGAGGAAUAUUCGAUAUUCUGCGCAAGAUGGUGAGGAGGCGAGAUGCCAGUGGAGGCAGCUCGUUUGGCAUCUCACCCACGCUCUUCCUAGGGGAUGUGGAGUCUACAGUGCGCGAGGCAGGCACAGGAGUGGUGCAUGCGGUCGUCUCAGAGCUGUCAGACUCCAUGAUGCGAGGGGUGGAGAGCGGUGGCCUGCCAGGGCUGGCCAAGGGUUUCCAUCGCGCCAUACUGCGCAUUGCCAUGGAGCCAGACACCAUGCUCGCACCCCUCCUCCACCCCUUCGCUCCCGGCUUCACCGCUGCACUCUCGUCGUCCUCGUCCUCGUCUCGCCGCCGCUUUCUCUCCACCACCCGCAUUCGCCUGCGCACCAGCCUAGGGCUACAUGAGGCAUACGUGGAGGGGUAUCUGCAAGCCAUGCUAGACACGCUGUACCGGCAGCCCUAUGUGACGGUGAAGAUCGCCAAUGACACUGUCGUUCUCAAGAACCUUCCUCCCAACACAUCGCUCACCAAUGAGAUGGUGACAUGUGUCACUGACUUCCUGGUCACAGAAGGGCUUCUGGAGCCUGAGAGGGGCGCCAGGGGCAGAGGAGGACGCGGGAUGGGGAUGGCUGGUAUUGGUGGUGCUGCUGCUGGCGGGGCAGGGGAGGUAUCUGCUUUCCGGUCGCUGCGACGCAUUCAUGGGGAGCAAAUGGGGCCCCACAACGCGCGAGUGGCGGUCUGGGCUCUCCUCGAGCAGCUGGCAGUCACCAUUCUCAUCCGCACCUUGAGACACCAGACUGCCAGGUGGCUGCGCGUGAAGCUGCCACCUGGCACUCAGCCAGACGAAGGGCCUGCUUCAGCCGCUGCUGCUGCCAGUGAGCCAGGGGAAGGGGAAGGGACGGCUGGUGGGGAAGCGAAAGCGAGAGGAGGGGGCCGCGGGAGGGUGAGGACGGCGGUGAGUCACGUGGUGGUGGCGGGUGUGGUGGCCUAUGUGGAUGGCAGGCUCUGCCGCCACAUCCCCAACGCCUUCCUCAGGCGGGUGGUGAGCGGGUUUCUCCUCAGCUUUGUGGAUCUCUGAGCCAUCCUCUUCCUCCCAUCUUCAUCAAGACACGCAGUGGAUGUAGGUGCAAGUGGUGGUGGUGCAAGGGCGAGAUUUGCUGGGAUUCAAGUCAAGGCCUAGCACAGGAGGGAGGGUGAGGGCGGCGGUGAGUCACGUGGUGGUGGCGGGUGUGGUGGCGUAUGUAGAUGGCCGGCUCUGCCGCCACAUCCCCAACGCCUUCCUCAGGCGGGUAGUGAGCGGGUUUCUGCUCAGCUUUGUGGACCUCUGAGCUGGUCGCAGUGGACAUGUCUUUGUAGGCAGCAGGUUCACUCCCCAAGGGCACCUCUUUAUCCUGGCUUCUCUGUUGCCAUGCCCCACUCCUGGCAACGUUGGCUGGUCUUUCUCGUUGGGUGUUUCUGUUAGAAUAGCGAGAAUGGAUGCACUAGACUGGGAGGGGAGAUACAAGAACAUGGGGUUGUACCCUCUAAGAGCUGACAUAGCUAGGAUACACACACACAUAUAUCCUAACUACACUCACACAUAUUUUUUAUCGCAGAGAAACGAUAAGAUCUUUGCA